CACUGCAAAGGUCGCAUGACCCCCACAUUCUGCCUCAUCCUGGUCACUGCUUCCUACCUCCUAGGUUGCGCCAACUCCCUCACUCACCUGAGCAGCUUGCUCGGACUGUCUUUCUGUGGGCCCAACAUCAUUAAUCAUUUUUUCUGUGAUACCCCAUUACUUUUUCAACAUUUUUGGUCUGAUACCCAAUCCAAUCAGAUAUUAUUUAUUGUCCUUUCUGGAAUGACAUCAGUGACCACCUUCCUGAUAGUGGUGAUUUCCUAUCUUGGAAUCCUUCUCACUAUCCUGAAGAUACAGUCUAGGAGGAGCAGAUAUAAAGCCUUCUCCCUGUCCUUCCACCUGACCACAGUGACUCUCUUCUACAGGACAGUGAUAUUUAUUUACCUGGGAACCAGCUCUACCUACCCACAUUGUAGAGACAAAAUCUUGUCGGAGUUUUACACCCUUUCACUGCUAAUAUUAAAUCUUGUGAUGCAUAGUUUGAGAAACACAGAGGCCAAAGAAGUAGUGAAAAAAAUUAUUGUGAGAAAGAUAGUUGCUCAGUGGUCAUGA